AUGCGGGUUGUAUGCGUUUCGGACACACACGGGCUGCAUGACGACGCGCUCGCCAUACCGAAUGGCGACGUAUUUGUGCACGCUGGUGAUUUCACAGAUACAGGAGAGCGCAGCGAGGUGCUAGCCUUCAAUGAAUACCUAGGUCGUUUGCCGCAUCGCUACAAGCUUGUGAUUGCAGGCAACCAUGAGUCAUCCUUUGAUCGAGCCUUCUACCCUCGAUUCUGGCAACAAUACGGUCAUAGACAACAGUAUGACCCGGACGAAGUGCGAGCACUUCUUACGAAUGCUUUGUAUCUUGAGGAUCAAGCCGUUCUGAUCGAGGGAUUUCUUUUUUAUGGAACACCUUGGCAGCCAGAAUUUUGCAAUUGGGCUUUUAAUUUGCCUCGAGGUGAUGCUUUAUUGAAGCGAUGGAGGCAUAUCCCCUCAGACACUGACGUUCUUAUCACCCACACACCCCCUAUGGGACAUGGAGAUCUUGUUGGCUACCAACGUGUGGGCUGCUUGGAUUUAUUACGUGAAGUGGAGAGUAGAGUGCGACCAAAAUUACAUGUUUUCGGACACGUGCACGAAGGGUAUGGUUGCAGUACCAGUCCUGAUGGGGAAAUAACCUACUUUAACGCUUCGAUCUGCACGCAUAACUAUGAGCCCGUGAACAUGCCGUUUGUAUAUGAGUUGUCAGGCCCACCCAAACGAGGCCCAAUACGGACUUUGCCGUUGUCGGCAUCGUCAGUCGGGCAUUCCAUUCCUCGCAGCCUGAGUUCAAACGAUGUAAGUACUAUUAAUACACUGUGUGUGACGCUGGAAAAAGAUGCUGUCCAAUCACUAGCCAAGAUAGAGCCACGAGACUAUGAUUUGAUGUUGCAUGAUUGGCUGCGAUUAUGCUCUCACAAACCUUCUUUCAUUGAAAAGACGUGUGGGGAUGUGGACUCAUGUGCGCGUCUUGGUAAGAAAAAGUUGCGCGAGUUUCGUGUUGAUGGUACGACAUCAGGGUUGCUGUUUGAAAGCACGUUAAAGCUACGUCCUGUGCGCAACGUGGAGAAACGCGCGCUGCGAUAUCUCUUCUCGCAAGGAUUUCGUAGCAAUUUAGGAAAUUACAAAGCGAAGGAUGGUACUGGUCAUGAGGCGAUGCUACGAAAUGGAAAUAUAGAAGAAGAUUUAGCGGAAUUUAACAAAGAAUACAAGCAAGUUAGAAGGGAACGACACGAUCACGGUAUUUUUCGUCGUGCAACUGUCGCUGUACUGAAAAACAUAGAUGAAGUUAAAAUGGGAAUGGAAGAUCGUGAUCGAGAGCAUUUGCGAUUGGCUCGAGAAGCCGCAAUCACUCUAGACAACAAAACGUUUCGGUGUCGACCGCGGAGGAACAAAUCAUUGCAGCGACGAUGUGUAGUGCCCAUCCUGGAUGUACUUUCUGAGGAGCAAAGCGAUGGAGAAGAUAUAAUUGAUAAAACAGAGAGAGAUCGUAUACCGGCAAUAGUGGCUGAAGACGCUAAUUUCAUGAAAGACAUGACUGAGUGCGCACUGUGCAAGUACAAAGUCUCCGGCCAUGUUCACCCCGGAGUGCCGCCAAUAACAGCUGUACAGGUAUCAAACGAAACAAAGCAAGACGAUAAGAAAAUAGAGAUGCGAUCCAGGGCUGAUAAUCCACCACACAAGCGUUUGUCGACCUGGUUCUGA